AUGGCGGAAAAUACUCCAGUUAUGGACGUCAAGUCCAAGGCUGCGCCAACAGUCGAUCCUGAUAUCGCUGUUGAGCCUGGCGACAUGGAGCUACUCGCGACGCUGGGGUACAAGCAAGAGCUUCGGCGACACUACUCCACUACCCAGAUCUUCGCGGUUGCGUUCAGCAUUAUGGGAUUGUUACCCUCCAUUGCAUCUACCUUGUCGUUCUCGUUGCCUGCGGGCCCAGUGGGCAUGGUCUGGGUAAACUAUUUCCAUGAGUUGCAGUGCGGAAUUUGA